AAAAAAAAACAAUUUUGUUAAAAAGAAUGACGACAGCGAAAUCAUCUAUGGGCGGAGUCUGUCUGACGUCACGAUGAUACCACCGGAAGCAGUUUUAGCAAGAAGUCAGCUGAUAGCGAGAGAAGAAAAUAUCAGCCUCGGCGAUUAAAGUCUCAGGAUGUCAGCCUAUCCCAAAUCUCACAACCCGUUCGCUGAUGAUGAUGAUGAAGGGGACAUGGCGAGCGGAGGGCCUAGAAGAGGCUUUAACUUUGAUGAUGAACCAGAUGAGAGUUCACUGAGUCCAGCAGAGAGGAGACAGAGACAGCUCCAGAGAGAAGUGAUGCACACAGCACAGUCCGCCGUGGACAGCAGCUACCGAUCGGUCGGACUCAUCUACGAAUCGGAGAAAGUCGGAGCCGAGACGGCAGAGGAACUGAUUCGUCAGGGUGAAGCUUUGAAGAGAACAGAGAAAAUGAUUGACAACAUGGAACAGGACAUGAGGACGAGCCAGAAGCAUAUAACCACUAUUAAGAGCGUAUGGGGUGGCCUGUUCAAUUAUUUUAAAGCUAAACCUGAUCCCAAACCUCCACAAAAGGACCAACCUGUGUCCUAUGAGGGCAACAACAGAUUGCAGAACGCACUUUCAGAAAGCAAACAACAGGAAGACAAAUAUCAGGCCACCCAUCCUAACCUCAGGAGACUUGACACAUCUGGAUUUGGAGCUUCUGCGCCUCUGAAUAAUGAGCCAUCCGAUCAAAACGGAUAUCCCAAGAACAAACAGCUGCGGGCUGCCCAUCAAGUACUUGACAAUAAUCUUGAUGAAAUGUCAUUGGGUCUGGGCAGGCUGAAGAAUCUUGGGCUGGGACUGCAGAUGGAAAUCGAAGACCAAGAUGUUUCUCUGGACUCUUUGCUUAAUAAAGUCGACAACAUGGACGGCAAAAUCAGCUCCACCAACCGACAACUCAAAAAUCUUAACAAAUAGACUCUGUGCGAUAUCAUUUCGUAAGGAUGUGGCGAUGGUGCUGUCUGAAACGAUCCAUACUGGAAACACCUGCUUGAUUUUUUUUUCCGAGGGAACGGUGUGUGUUCAUGAACAUAUGUGUGCACUUACAUGAACGUGUUGGAUGAAGAAAAAAAAAGAAAAAAUUAGAUGAUUUGAUAUUGAGAUGGCUUAUUGUGAUGGUUAGAUGACACUUCAUUCCCACCUUUAUUUCAUCACUCAAUAAAAUAAAGCAAGCCUACAUAAGCUGUGAAUGUCCAUCAAAAGAUGGUUAAGGAUAAAAUACUGUAUAUUAAAGAGCUAAAACAUGUUACCAGGAUAGUAAGCAAAUCAAAGACACAAACACGCUUUUCUUUAACAAAUCAUUUCAUUCACAGCUGUCCACCAAAAUAAAUAUUAUUCAUGCAUUAAUCAAAUGUGUUUAUGAUACCUAGUUUAGAAAAACUACCAUUGUUCCCUGAUGAAUGUAACUUGUAGUGAUUUUGUCUUUAAUCUUGGACUUUCAUCAUGAUUUACCUUUUAGAUUUACCAUGUUUUGUCUGUUAACAUUAGUCUAUUUUAGUCACUCUAUAAGAGUCUGUGAGCCCGAUAAACACAGAUCUGCCUUAAUGUUUCUUGAUAUCUAUUGAAAUGUUUUGUUCAGUGUAUUUCUAUUAUAGUAAACAUUUUUUGUUAGCUGAAUGUGAUGCGUAUAAUGUGACUGACCAUAAAUAAAACACAUUGUUUUA